GACCUUUGAUUCACCAGCGCCUUUUCUUUGCCCUUGACAAAUUGGAUUUUUAGGAAUGGGAAGGUCGCCUGGCCCAUUGUCUGCCAGCCAUUCACUCCGCCUGAUUAUGCAGGAGGGUUAGGGAAAGGCUCCAUGUGACCCUCUUGGAUGGGACUCCGCAGCUGCUCGAGGAGCCAAACUCUCUCACCAAACUCUGCGCCCCAGAGCAUCCCCCUGCCAAGGGGUACCCCUCCUGCUCCCGUUGAAAAGCCGGCGUCCACACAGCGCCGCGUCACUCUGCGGGCGGAGAUACGCCUGUGCUCAUCCUCCCGCCGCCUGCCGCUGUCACUCCGACCCCCUUAAGUAGUUGGGGUUCCCGAGCGCUCACACCCAGCGGCAGCGAUGCAAACCAGCAGGGCUCCGGCCAUCAGCGUCAGCGCGGAGAGCUGCAUCCCGGCUGGGCUGCGCCUGGGUCCUGUGCCGGGCACCUUCAAACUGGGCAAGUACCUGUCAGACCGCAAGGAGCCAGGACCCAAAAAAAAGGUGCGGAUGGUCAGAGGGGAAUUAGUGGAUGAAGCCGGGAGCUCAGCACUGGAGUGGAUAGGGUUAAUCCGAGCUGCCCGAAACUCCCAAGAGCAGACACUGGAGGCUGUUGCGGAUCUGCCAGGAGGACAGAUUUUCUACCGAGCGCUGCGAGAUGUCCAGCCGGGAGAGGAGCUUACCGUCUGGUAUUCCAACCCUCUGGCGCAGUGGUUUGACAUCCCCGUCACGGCCACACCGACGCACGACGAGAAAGGGGAGGAGAGGUACAUCUGCUGGUACUGCUGGAGGACCUUCAAAUACCCCAACAGCCUCAAGGCCCACGUCCACUUCCACUGCGCUCUGAGUCACGGCCGGCCCUUCCUCCAUCACGACCACGGCCGGCCCGCUGCCACCGCCUUCGGCCUGCCCCCCAAGGAGCUGCCGGCCGCCUCGCUGCGCGGCCAUCCGCCGUCCGGCUGCGGCCCUCGGGAGGCCGUCAAGCGGGAGGCCGUCGUCGCAUCCCCGCCACUCGCCAAGCCGGCGCUGCCCAAGCGGGCGGCGGGCAAGGAGGAGCAGGAGCGCGCCCUGGACAUGAGCGUGGGGGCCGCCCGUGGGCCGGGGCCGCUGCUGGGGCCGGCGGGCGGCAACGGGCUGGCGCUGUGCCCCGGGGCGCGCUCCGCCUUCCGCCCCGCCGGGUCGCUGCGGGAAGAGGCGCGGGGCGCCGCCGCCCUCGGCUUCUCCAAACUGCUGGGGGGACUGAAGGCGGGACGCGCCGCCACCGAGGCGCCGCCUAAGUGCGGAGCGCUGCCGGGUGAGGCCGCCCCGCAGGCAGCGGCGGCGGCGGGGCUGGCUUGCGGCGGCGGGCUGCGCGCCUUCCCGCUGCUGUCGCCGCUGGAAGAGGCCUCGGCCUUCCGGCAGGUGGAGCGGGGGCUGCCCGCGGCCGCGCUGCCGCCCGCCCGCUACCCGCCGCUGCCCGGCGGGGCCCUGGAGCGCUUCGCGCUACCGCCCUUCGAGGGGCUGAAGGCGUACGCGGGGGAGUGUGGGCUGCCGGUGAUGCCGCUCACCGUCUACAACGGGGAGCUGCUCUACGGGGCCGCGCCCUACUACCCGCUGAAGCUGCACCUCGGCGGUCUCCUCAAGUACCCUGAGUCGGUGUCGUACUUCGCGGGGCCGGCGGCGGGUCUGCACGCCGCAGAGCUGGGCUCACUGGCCAGCAUAGACCGGGAGAUCGCCAUGCACACGCAGCAGCUGUCCGAGCUGGCGGCCGAGAAAGGCCGAGGGAGGCUGGAGACGCUGCCGGCGGGGGCGGCCGGGGCGGCCGGAGGAAAACCCAAGACCGGGCACCUGUGCCUGUACUGCGGGAAGCUGUACUCCCGCAAGUACGGGCUGAAGAUCCACAUGAGGACUCACACUGGCUACAAGCCGCUUAAGUGCAAGGUCUGCCUGCGGCCCUUCGGGGACCCCAGCAACCUCAACAAACACAUCCGCCUGCACGCCGAGGGCAACACGCCGUACCGCUGCGAGUACUGCGGCAAGGUGCUGGUGCGACGCCGCGACCUGGAGCGGCACGUCAAAUCCCGGCACCCGGGGCAGAGCCUCGGCAAGGCGGCUGAGGACAAGAGUGACUCUGGCUAUGCGCAGCCCGAGCAGGAGCAAAAGACUGAUAACGAGAGCGAUGUGGAUGUCUGCUUCACCGACGACCAGAGCGAGCCGGAGAGCGGCAGCCGGCACUGCGAGCAGUGAUGCGGGAGGCGGCCGGGGCGGGGCGGGGUGAGGGGAGCGCUGCAGCCCCCCUUCCACUACUCUGGGCUCCGGGGCGGUCCCACGGGAGGCCGUGUCGCGGAGGAGCGCGGGCUGGCGGGCAGAGCCGCCGGCGGGGCGGGUAGGGGUGCGCGGGCGUCCCCGGGUUCCCUCCACCGCAGCCGGGACAGGGGCCGGAGGGCGAAGCCCUGGCGGGCCCAGGAUCCCGCUGGACAGGCACCGCAUCCCGAUAGGAGCCCGCAUUUCAGUGGCCAUAUAUUUUUAUUGUACCUUCGUGUCGAGAAAAUUGUGCCUUUUGGAAACGAUUUUUUUUUCCUAUGCGCUCUCCCAUCACUCAUUCCAGCGGUCUGAGCCAUGGGUCUCAGCAGCAGGCCCGGGUCUACAAGCGCCUCUGGCACCUGUACACUUUAUUUGACACCUUACCUGUGCUUGCUCGGGUCCUAAUAAAGCAAUACCAACAGCUUUUUGGGAAAGACAGGAAAAAAAAAAAAAAACCAGGCAACAAAAUGCCACUCUUGCAGCAUGGAAGAGGUUCGCAUAACAGGUGCACCAUUUGAUCAAGUUGCAAUUAUUUAUAGCAGAUAAUAUUUGAGUAACAAAUGUAAAAUAAAUAUUGAAAAGCAUGACUCUAAAAGCACGCACUAUAUAAUUUUAAAGGAAAUACACUCUCUGUUUGGUAGAAUACAAAUGUGGUGUAUGUUUGUUUUCUAAUGAACGAUGUACAGUGGAUACAGUAUUUUGGUCUUGGUUCCAGUUUGUCAUGCGAUUUUUUAAAAAAAGAAAUAAAGUUACUGACAAACUAC